AUGUCACGCCCUAUGCCGCUGAUAAAGCUGUAGAUGCAGGCAUGUUGUUGUUGAUCCACAUUAGACGUGCGCCGCAAGAACGAUAAGAGUCAUCGCUUGAAGCCGUUGCUCGCUUCAAAAAGGACAGGUUCUACUUCUUAGUCGCUAUUGACUUUUCGUCUCAAACCCACCUUACACCAAUCCAUCCUUCUCCUUCCGAUACAUCGUGGCUCACCAAGCAUGACUGGUGUGGAUAAGUUUGUUAACUGAUUGUGGCUGUGUACAAGAACCUCGUCCAAGUUGAAAAUUGCGUUCCCAGGAUUGACAGCAUCUGAUACGGUUACUGAUUAAGCCGUCACCCUUCCAUAAUGGCACCAAUGGCAAUGACGCCUGAAUCAUCAGGCACAACGACGCCUACCACGACCGCUUCGAAACUCACAGAAGCGGGCAUGAAACAUGCGUCACCUACAGCCAAUGGCCAUGCAUCCAAGCUAUCGCCACUGGACGCUUCGCUCAUGACAGUAGAACUGUCGAAAGCACCGCGAUCCGUGCCAGCGCCUGACAGCGAGGAGACGAAAGCGCAGAAGACAUGCACCGACCACAUGGCUACCGCCCGUUGGACACAGGAGCAUGGCUGGGAGGCGCCUCAACUCAGGCCUUACGGCCCACUUGAGAUCAUGCCUACUGCCAGCGUACUGCAUUACGCCGUUGAGUGCUUCGAAGGUCUCAAGCUGUACAGAGGCUACGAUGGCAAACUACGACUGUUCCGUGUCUCUCGUAACUGCGAGCGCAUGCGGAGGUCCGCAGCACGUAUCGCUUUGCCCGACUUCGAGCCCAAGGAGCUUGAGAGGAUGAUCGUAGCUCUCUGUGCCAGAGACGGCGCGAAGUGGCUGCCGAAGGAGAGGGCUGGCGGCUUCCUGUACAUCAGACCUACCAUGAUCGCCACCGAUCCUGCGCUUGGCGUACAAAGGCCAAGGGAGGCCUUACUGUACGUCAUUCUGGCCUGCUUCCCAGACAUGUCAAAGAGUCUUGCUACGCCAGCACCGCCAGCAAUGCAGGGUCAAGCAAACGGCGCAUCGAACAACUCUGGUCUUCGACUCUUGGCUUCCAAAGAAGAUACCAUCCGAGCAUGGCCAGGUGGUUUCGGUUACGCUAAAGUGGGUGCAAACUACGGGCCUACGCUUGUCGCGCAAGGCGAGGCGAAAGCGAGAGGGUUCGAUCAGGUCCUUUGGCUGUUCGACAAAGAGGCUUAUGUCACUGAGGCGGGUGCGAGCAACUUCUUCGUGGUGAUGCGGGAACCGACGAGCAACAAGUUGCAGCUUAUCACGGCACCCCUGGAAGAGCGUAUUAUCCUUGAAGGCAUCACUCGUGCGUCGAUCAUUGAGCUGGUCAAGGAACGCUUGUCUGGCACUCACAGCGAUUUGGAGGCAGUAGAAAUGGUAGAGAGGCGCUUCACCAUGUCAGAAGUGAUUGAUGCUGCGAAAGACGGGCGGCUGGUGGAAGCCUUCGCGGCAGGCACGGCGUUUUUUGUUGCCCCAGUGAGCCUCAUCCAUUUCCGUGACAAGGAUCUCGACGUUCCCAUGGAUGGUGAUAGUGGGAAGUACGCCCGACUGAUUAAGAAGUGGCUGGUGGACAUCAUGUACGGUAAUGUGUCGCAUGAGUGGGGUGUGGUCGUUCCCGAGCAACAGUAGUGAAGCUCACUUGUCAUACGAGCAACUGUCAUGGCGACGUAGCGAGGACGAAGGUGAGUAUUAGUCUCAAGUCACAUGCGACGGUACUACCACUUCACGCUCUUUGUUCC